AUGGUCAUGUUACCGCGUCGACAGCCAGCGCACAGUUUGCUGGUCUUAGCUGCGAUUGCUGCUGGCAGUCUUUGCAGCUUUGUGCUACCUGCUGCGCGGAGUGGAUUGAGACCUGUUCACCCAUCCACCCGCGACGUGUCGAAACACUCACGGCAAGCGACGACAGAAAUCGCUCCGCCCAACUCAGCCAGGCUCAUGGUCGAUCAAGCUGCGGAAGCCGUGAUGGCAGCGUUCAAGGAUGGGAUCUCGCGGCAGUCGGUGCGAUUGAGGUUGGACAUGGUCUGCCCACCGAAUCGUGUGACAGAAUCUGGCAUGGAGGCGCUCCUCAAUGAUGCACUUCCUAUGGCGCAGGCCUUCACGAAGAGUCUGCAGGCGCCAGGAGGGGCGGCGCUGCAGGAUGUGCGGAUUUCGAGAUUCGACGGAGUUGGUACCACCUCUGGCGAUGUUGGCACACUCCUGUACCGGCUUACCGAAGAUGCCAAACAGGAUGCUGCCGUAAUUUUCCUGGGCGGCCGCAAGUUCGUUCUGCAAGAUGCUUCCGGUGAGUUUGUCAGCGGCAUGAAAGAUCGUUUGGUGGUGAUGCUCAACUCCGAAGAUGCUGCAACCAGCUUCAGGAUAGAGAACAGGGGCUCCGAAGUCAGUGUGGGCGGCAAUUUCGGCAACGAUGUGGAAAUACUGGGAAAGUUCUGCGCCGAGUUCCAGGAGGAGACGUACUACCUACGGCUCCUGCUCUUAAGCGAUUGGCCAGUGCUCGUCUUUCGUGCCUACCCUCACCCUUGGACGGUUUACCUGGAGGACCUCGAUGGAAACGUGGUAAGGUUGAUCGAGGGGUCACGCAAGCCGCAGGCGGAAGAGAUUGCUGAGGAACUCAGCAAGUACGAGACCGAGAUGGGGAUCACAACUGCAGACAAGAUGGCAAAGAUUCAGAAGUCCACCGAGUGA